AUGGACCGGAUCGUGUUUCUGGGCACUUCGGCGGGAGCACCGACGCGCACUCGCAAUGUCACAAGCCAUUGCGUGCUAACUCGCGCUGGCCGCGUCUGGAUGCUCGAUUGCGGAGAAGGCACCCAACACCGCGUUCUGGCUUGCGACGCCGUCAAGCCAACUCGAAUUGACGUUAUUCUCAUCACACAUACUCAUGGCGAUCACUUGCUCGGCUUGCCCGGUUUGCUAUCAUCACUCUCAUUGGGUGGCAACCGCGCAAAGCCAGUGCGGGUGUUUGGACCGGUUGGCGUCAAGCGGUUUCUCGAAACGGCUAUUGAAGUUACGGACGCGUUUCUCACGUACAAGCUGGAGAUUACAGAGCUGACUCCAGGCGAAGCGAGAGAGCUUGGCAUCAUCGAUGGCAUCAAACUCAGCGCACACCCACUCGUACAUCGUGUCCCGUGCUUUGGCUAUGUUCUGGAAGAGACUGUCAACGAACCCCGCAUCGAUCCGGCAAAAGCUGCCUCGAUUGGCGUCACUGGAAAGCUGAUUGGACAGCUGGCGCGAGGGGAUCCCGUCACUCUUGCCGACGGAACAGUUGUUACCUUCGAUCAGGCCGAAAAUGCAAUGUGCUCGUGCACGAGUGGAGCAAUGUCCCCAGAAAUGGCGGUUGGGCGUGGACACAGCACCUCCACGAUGACAGGCGCCUUCGCAAAGGCCAUCGAAGCCAAGAAGCUGAUUCUGACUCACUUUAGUAGUCGGUACAGCGAUGGCAAGGCAGGGCAGGCCGAUUCCGAGCCGGCAGCUUUUGCGGCGACGCGCGAAACCACGAGCGCUGCAGGAAGCGCUGAAGUGACCGACAUUGCCGGUUUGGUGGCUGAGGCACAAGCUGCUUGCCCUGACACCGAAGUAGUUGCAGCAAGUGAUUUUGCCAUCUUUACGAUUGACUGA